AGCUCAGACUGCCGGUUGUACUGCAUGGCAACAGGCGCGAGGGAUUCCCCCGCACGUCGCCUCUCUGUCUUCCCGUUCAAAAUUGCUUUAGCGCUAACAAAUCAGCCUGUCUGGCUGCUUCUGCCCGGCGCGCCUAUCAGCGGCAGCAUGUCCUGGAAUAUGGUAUAACGCGCGACGUGGAGCAGAAACUUUAAACCCGGGGAGAGUCCUGCAAACCCAUUGCAGUCACACCGGAGAGCAGCCGAAAGGACUCCACACACAGAUUCUCAUUGAUGAGGCAACCUCCAAAUGACGUCGAGAUGGCUUUAGGUGGGACUCUUCUGCCAUCCAUAUCCACCUUUGCCAGCGGCCCCACGGUCAAGAGUAAAUCCAUAGGAAGUGCCAAUUUAAGAUGGAAGGAGGAGCUGUCCCAUCUUAAGAGACCCAGUGUGCCAACCGGAAGCAGCUGCUCUGACCCAGACCAUCCCACUGCCACCAGCACGACAAGCCCUAGCAUGUCCAAAAAAGAGACAGAGCUCGACUUGGACUUGGACUACGACUUUAUUCUGUCUAACUCCAUCCUGCAGCAGCAGCAGCAGCAACAGCAGCAACAACAGCAGGAGGAGGAGGAGGCCAUGGCGUGCAGCUCUGCCCAGGGCCUGUCCCCUUCCCCUGGCUCUUUCUCCUCAUCUUACCCUCUCCCCUCCCCUCAGGGCACCGCCAGUGAGCUGCUCUAUACUAUCCCAGAUAUCAGUGAUGUCUCGCCCUCUGGAGGCUUUGUGGCAGAGCUCAUGAGACCCGAGCUGGACCCGGCAUACCUCCAUGCCACCAACCUCCACGGCAAGUUCGUGGUCAAGACAACAAUGGACAUGGGAGAAUACAGCCAAGGCGUGAGUGUAAGCAAGGCCUGCGUUAAUGCGGCGUCAGACCCAACUCCUACACGUGCCUCACCGCCCUUUACAUGCCACCGGAUUAAGCAGGAGAACCCCAGUAACUGCACCAUCUCGCAGCCCAUAGACCUACACCUGGCCGGGGUAAACUCGCAGGGCCGAGGGAGCCAGCAGCAGCGCCCCUGCAACUUAGAUCUUCAUGGCUUCCCUGGCGGAGGGAGAUCCAUGACUGGCAACAGGUUGUCCUCAUCCUCCUCCCUCUCCCCAGACCAUCCUCUGAGCCGGGAGCACCAGAUUCUGGGGCACCCUCACUCUCAGAUCACUCUACCUCCCCAGGGAUACCACCAUAGCUCCCCGCAGGGCUACACCUCUUACCCUCAGCCAUCCUCCAUGCAGUACCAAGAGGCCCUCAUGAUCUCCAGUGGUGACUGCUUGCCGGAGGAACCAAAGCCUAAACGUGGUAGGCGCUCCUGGCCGAGGAAGAGAGUCGCCACACACACGUGUGACUAUGUUGGCUGUGGGAAAACAUACACAAAGAGCUCCCACCUCAAAGCACAUCACCGCACGCACACAGGGGAGAAGCCUUACCACUGCGACUGGGAGGGCUGUGGUUGGAAGUUUGCACGUUCGGACGAGCUCACACGCCACUACAGGAAACACACAGGCCACCGGCCAUUCCAGUGUCAGAAAUGUGACAGGGCCUUCUCAAGGUCAGACCACCUUGCUCUCCAUAUGAAGAGACACUUGUGAGACUUGGCAUGAAGGCUCCAGAACACAAAAGAACGUUAGUAGAACCCAGAACAAACUUGUGACCUACACUUUUUAACAACCAUAACUUGCCUUCAGGCCGUUGUCAAGCAACCAGACAAGCUGUGGCCUUCACGGCAAAAAGAGCAUUACCCUGAAGACUGAUCUCGUCUUUGCACAUUGUGCAGGCGACUCGACGAGACCUCUCGGUCAGGGUUGUAAACUUUUAUGAAAGGGACCAAACUGGAAUUUGUCUUAUUUAACCGACAAAACUUGGAGGACCAGGUGCCAACAGCUUUUAACUGGAAAUGUACAUUUUGUCAGGGAAACCAGGAGCAACAGACAAACAACUCCAGAGGCCUUCUACCAGCAACAUGCCAAUAUAGGCUCUGUUAACAACAACACACUGUUCAAAAUACUGUAUUAAUAAACAUCUAUAUUUAUAUACACAU